CAUACUUACUGUGAGACACCACGUUUCCUUGCUGGAACCAGAGCAAAAAAUGGAUUUCAUGGGAGCGCACCUAGCUUUUAUAUCCCGCUGGAAAGAAACUGACAAUGAUCUCUGCAGACACAGCAUGUCAUUCAUUCUGCACAAGGCCAUUAGGACUGAUUUCUUUGAGAGCUAUCUCUAUCUGCUAGAACAGAUCCCUCUGGUCAAACUAUAUACUCUAACGAGUGAAGUCAUUAAUGGGGAAAAGCAGUUCUAUGCCAGAGCUAAGGACUUCUACAAAGAUGUUUCCGCCUCUGAAGAGGGUAUGAUGGGCGACUUUAUAGAGCUCUCUGAAAUUGACAUAGAAGGCUCCAGAGAAUUCCUCAAAAAGUUUGUUGGAGGUACAGGAAAGACUGGCACUGAAUGUGCCCUUGACUGUGGCUGUGGGAUUGGCAGAGUCACAAAGAAUGUCCUCUUACCAAUAUUUGAGACUGUGGAGAUGGCUGACAUGAUGGAAGAGUAUCUGAUCCAUGCACAUGAGAAUUACCUUGGAAAUGACGCAGACAAGAUUGAGACAUACUACUGCUAUUCCCUGCAGGACUUGACUCCACCAGUCAAGAAAUAUGAUGUUAUUUGGAUCCAGUGGGUUGCAUGUCAUCUUACUGACAGAGACUUAUUGGAGUUCCUCAUCAAAUGCAAAGCAAGUCUGAAACUGAAUGGAGUUAUAAUAAUUAAGGACAACAUGGCCAGGAAAGGCUGCAGGUUGGACCCCGAUGACAGCAGUUUGAUAAGACACAUUGAUAUUCUAAAGAAUAUAAUUUACAGAAGUGACCUGAAAAUAAUCAGCAUUGAGAAACAGAAAGGAUUUCCAGAGCAGAUGGUUCCAGUGUGGAUGAUUGCUCUGAAGUAAUUUUCAAGGAUGUUUUUAGCAUUAGUAAGUAAGACCAAAAUUAUGGAAUGGAAAGGGAUGGCUGAAUGGUCCAUGUGGCCUUUGUUUAGAUUGAAUGUAGCACCCAAAUACUCAAGAUAUACCCAAAUUCAUAGGAAUCAUAAAUUUCUUGGUAGUCAUUCCUCACCUGUGUUUACACUCCUUAACAUAGCACCCAACUUUUCCAACUCACAAGUAGUUAAGAACAAAAAAUAUACUUCACAUCCACACAAUUUGAGAUAACCUAAAUUGGGAAAAAGUGUUUUCUAUGUAUAUAGCAAUCAUUUGAUUGAUAAAGUUAGCCAUUUCGAAGAUGCCUUUACAACAACAUAAAGCAUAAACAUAACCACUUUAUUUGAUUUUAUAAUGGAAUGUUAACAUUUGAUCUUAUGGAUGUUUAGGCACAGGAUCAUAGGUACAAAAUACUUUGGGAUAUCAUGCAAAAGGUGCAAAGGUGUUGUUGCUUUCUAGUCAAACCAGCGUGUUAGUUGGACUUCAGAAGGCACUGUAGUCUAUUGGCCGAAGAGGCAUACUGGAAACCAUAAGUCUAUAAAUUGACUAUGUGCACUAAGCAAGUUUUAGCUCUAUGCUCGCAUAAAAAAUACCUUUGUAUUACACAGUGUAACACACAGUUAAUUAUACAGCACUUUAGACAGCUGCUUAUUCUAAAAGGCACUUUAUAAUAAGAAUGAUUUGCUCAUUACAGAGGAAGCCUCUCAGAAAAAGUUUGUAAAAGUUUGUCCUCCAGAUAUCAUAUUUUUAUUAUUUAUUACAAGACUUAAAAGAUAAGUUCUGUAUUUUUCAAGUUACAUUGUUUUCUUCAACCAUGGUAUAUGUUAAAUUUUACAUUAAAUUGCGUUCUAAAGUGAAGCAUUUUUUAAUGAAUUUUGAAAAAUACUUAGCCUGCACUUAUAAUGGAGGUUAACACUACUGAUUUUCAAGAGAAGAGUAUUAUGGAAAAUUGAUCUUUGCCUUGAGUUUGCACACAUAUUGUUGAACAGUGUUCCCAUGUCAUUUUAGAAUGGAAAAGUAAAACAAUUCUGUGAGAUUCUGACUUUCUACAAAGAGACUGGCUGUGUGCUUCACCUCACUCCUCUUCUUCCUUCUGCACCUUUCAGCUCCAGAGGCUGUUUCCUGUAGCGUUUGCUUUAUUCCUUAUGGAGUCAUCUCCAAGUGCUGUUAUUGACAUUUUUAAAUGGAGAUGCCCAGAUGUAAACUGCUGCCUAUGUUUUGUAGAUAACUCACACUAAUCAUUGAAAAAAGUCAAUUAAUUACAGCCUUUCACUUAAAGAAAGUUAAUUCUUGCCAUUCAAAAAAAUGCAUUAUUUUGCAGAGACAUUGCCUACUGUCACAAGUACCAUC